GAAAUGUGAGCAUGUAAGGGUCUACAUAAAUACUACCUAGGCAACUCUCAAUUCUCAAUCUCGUCGUCCCAACCGGCUUUCGAGCUUAUUCUCCUCAAUAUUGAAAAGUUACAUAGCUUGAAAAAUGGCCAUUCUCCCAGGCGCUUUCCCAGACAAUGUUUCCUCGGAGGUUAAAGCAUUCCUAGAAAAGUAUUUCCAGCUCUCUAACGCAGCAUCUUCGCACAAUAAUCAUGAAGCAAACGAACAAGAAUUCGCAGAGCUAUUUUCGAACGAUGGCAUAUAUGAAUUUGCAGAAGAACAAAAUGUGGGGCGCGACGCAAUCAUAUCUUUUCGCAAAAAGCUUUUCGCUAAUGUUCCGCAUCGUGAGCAUCCAGUCGUGAGGAUUUUUACCUUUGGAUCAGAUGAUAUGAACCUGAUGUGUUACGGGACCGUUGGAUAUAAAUUAUCUGAUGAUACAGUAAAUAUGCAAGAGUGGGCAGCACGAUACGAGAUAGUAAAGACUGGACCAGGUGACUUGAAGUUCAAAUAUGUCCAAAUCAUAGUCAGCCCCGCCCGAGAUUCUUGAGACUCUUGGAAAGAAAUUGAGGAAUCUGGAAGAUCGUGGAAGUUACCACCUCAUUGAGAUCUACUUUCAACGGAAAGAAGAGCUUUUGUUAUAUAAUCAUUAUCUUCUCCGCCCCGUACAGUGCGUGAAAGAACGAACGAUCAUAUAUAUGCUUUGAGUUUUAUUU